AUGAACAUGUACGCCAAAUACGUUUUCUUGGUGUUAUUUUCGCUGGCUUUGUGGCUCACACAGGUUGUCGGUUGUCAUCCGUCGUGUACGUGCGAUGAAACUACAGUGGUUUGCACCAACGCUGGGCCGAUCUCUGUCUCGACGGAUAUACCAAAAGAAACGGAAUCACUGACGCUGGUAGGGAACACGAGUUUAGUGAAUGGUACGUUUUCUAAUUUCACCUCUUUGACUUCUCUUAAAUUGGACAACACCACGAUGCUUGUUGACGGCGACACGUUCACCGGAUUACUCAGCUUAGUGAAGCUGGUGAUCGUAAACAACAACAACAAUGGUUUGUUUUUAUCUGAGUACAAUGUUUUCGUUGAUCUUAUAAGUCUUGAGGAAUUGACACUUGGCAAUUGCGGCCUGACAACUAUAAGCAACGGGACGUUCUCGGGUCUGAUAAACCUCCGAAUGCUAGAUCUAUGUGACAACCAAUUGACACAGUUUCCAAAGGGGUCCCUCGACGGACUACAAUCGCUUAAGUCGCUUAAAGUGUCUAGCAAUUUAUUCACGGAGAUGCCUUCAUCUGAGCUUUUUGUUUCGACUCCUCUUAAAUCUCUCUUUUUGGACGGUAAUCCGAUUUUGUCCCUGGAGAACGGGCAAUUUUACAACUUCAGCCACCUGGAAGAUUUAAGCCUUAAAAAUGUAGUAGCUGUCAAAAACUUAACUGAUCAUAUAUUUGACGGAAUCGCUGAUACGCUGAGGUCACUUGAUCUGUCCUCAAAUGAAUUGUCAAGUACGCCCUCAAGCGUUAGAAUGUUGCGUCAGCUCAAGCGCUUGGAUAUACAGUCGAACAAGAUUGUGCAACUUGAUGUUGACGUGUACAGUGAAUUGAGAGGUUUAAACAUUUUGAACUUGAAUGAAAAUCAACUGGAAAAUAUUCCAGGGGACAUUCUAUCGAAUUUUGAUAACUUGACCCAGCUGUAUUUGGGAUAUAACAACAUAACACACAUUCCUAAAGACGGUUUCGGUUCUGGUAGCAAGCUUCAGCGACUGUACUUGAACAAUAACAACAUGGAGACUAUCGAUGCUAACGCAUUUCGUGGAUUUUCAGAUCUAACCUUCAUCGAUCUGACAUUUAAUGCUUUAAGUAGUCUGCCCGAUAACGUAUUCGCAGAUGCACCAAAUGACGCCAUCGUGAAUUUAGAUCAUAAUCCUUGGCAUUGUGAUUGUAAUCUUUUCUGGUUGGCUGAGUGGUACACAAAUCACAUCUAUGAUUCGUAUCCAAAAUGUCAAACGCCUUCUGAAUUAAUCGAUGUCAAUCUCAACAAAUUGACCGAAAAAAUAGUCUGUGCGGCGCCCAAAGUGAGAAACGACACGAAUACUACAAUUACGGCGACUGUAGGUACGAACCAAACUAUAAAAUGCGAAUCCGAUGGGACACCAGCACCGCUCGUAGUUUGGCAUACCCCUAAUGGAAGCGUGAUUUCCCCGGAAAUGAUCAGCACUGGUGCGAUAGAUGGUAAAUAUUCAAUGGUGUCUCUAUCUCUGAUUGUCCAUGCAGUUGCAGUCACCGAUGCCGGUAACUACACGUGUUUUGUUUGGAAUAUUUUGGGAAACUCCUCCCGUACGGUGAGCCUUGUUGUCACGCCACCAACGAUGCGUCCGAUGACGUCUCGUCCACAAUUAACAAGUGUCAUCCCGGCACAGUCGACAAUCAGUCGCGUUACUAUGGUGACCAACCCGCCUUCACCGACAGCCAACCAUACGACCGCGGGGGUCGAACCAAAAGUACGACACAUGGAGAGGACGGGAUUGUCAGACACGGAAGUUGGCAUGAUAGCGUUCGCCGCGUGUUUUAUCGUGACAGUCGGCGCCGCCUCAUUCGCACACUGGUUUUGCAAGAAAAGAGAUGCAGAUUACGAUGAAGAAGAAGAAACGAUUGCGUUUGAAAACAGGAUGUUUGCCUCGUUUGAAGAAAGUGACGUGGAGCUCGUUUAGAACGUUUAAAAGGUACAUUGUCAUCGAGCUACUUCAACGGAGUACCUAUAUGAGCGCGGUCCCUCUAUCAUAGAGGGACUAUGCUAUGAUAUACGUUCUGCAAGAUUACGCCUAUAUUAGUGCCUAGGAUGCACACGCUGUGAGACUAAAUGUUGAACAGGUACUGUAUGGGAAAAAUAUAUUGCACGUUCGGCUGCACAAAUUAAAUACAUUUAUUAAAAACUUGCUACCUUCCCUGUUGCUGAGAAGAAACGGCCACUCCAAUGUGAUACUGUAUGCGCAAAUAAAGCAGACAGCUUUUAAAUAAAUUCUUAGCUCGAUCGAAAAAGGUUUUGGUGCGUGGGGUAUUCGAUAGUACGUUAUCAUCUUCGUGUAGGCUCGUUCUAGACUCGGAUCGUUCUCGACGCGCACGCGUACGUGCCGGUGCUCUCUCAUACCAAAAUUCAUCCGUAAAUUCAUUGACACUGAAACCCUCAACUAAUUUAUGUAUAAUAUGAACACGUGAAAUCAAGCCCCAUAAGAAAAAGGCAUUUGAUUCGUCUCUAUAACAAUUAUAACAGAAUUUGAAUAUGUGAGAUGUUAUUUAAUUUGUUCUAUUGUGCACAUGUCACCCAAUCUUGCUGACUGUCGCACAUGCAUCGUAUCCAAAGCUUAUCUUCGUCGGAGUACACCAUGAGAAUACGAAUACCGGGAGUUAAUUUCAAUUUCAUUCAGUUCUACAACCGGCAUUAUAAAGGCAAACAGCAUGGGACAUUUAUGAAAUACAAAACAAAUGAAAAUAUUUAUCACCGCAAAUCAAGAAUUAUGUUAGUGGAC